UCAGUCAGUACAUGUACAGUGAAUGGACGCUGUUGAGUGUUGACUGACUCAUUUCCGGUUCUGGACAGGAACUACACGGUAGUCACUUAAAACGAGUCCCUGUCUCAAGUCCUCUUGAACCAGCCUCAGUCCAACACAGUCAUGGAUGAUGUUAAAGUGGUAAAUGCAUCCUGUAGAGGCGCUAUUGAGAGUGACGAGUCGGAUAUUUGGGACGAUACGGCCUUGAUUAAAGCUUAUGAUAAAGCCGUGGCAUCAUUUAAGAAUGCCCUGAAAGGAGAAGAGCCCAUGGCUCCACGUACAAAAGAGAAACCUGGCAAUAAGCGAAAAAACAACAAUAAGGGCAAAAGCAGAAAGAAAUGCAACACAUCCCCUGAUGGAGAGUGGAAAGUCGGUGAUGCCUGUUAUGCAUAUUGGUCUGAAGAUAGAAACUUGUACGCUGCUACUAUUUCCUCAAUCGACCAUGAGAAGGGCACCUGCGUCGUAUAUUACAACGACUACGGGAACGAGGAGGAACAGAACCUGAGCGACCUUCUCACAGACGCCGCAGAGUUGGAUGGGGAGUUGCAAAAUAUGGCCGAUGGGAAAGAGGUGGAAUCUUCUACAGAGGAGAGUGAUAGGUCUUCUACUCCACAUCAGUCUAAUCAACAGAAACACAAAGCGAAAGGCAAAGCUCCGGUGGUACCUCCGAUGUGGGGUCCUGGCUUUCCUCCUGUUCCUCCUCCUGGAUCUCAUUUAAGGAUGUCUGACAGCGGAAGAGGAGGAGGUUCUGGACUCGCUUUCCCCAGCUGGUCCUCAAUGAUGCCUCCAUGUCCACCGAUGAUCCCACCACCACCACCGAUUAGUCCCGACAUGUUGCAGGAUGAUGAGGCUUUAGGAAGCAUGCUGAUCUCGUGGUACAUGAGUGGCUACCACACAGGAUACUACCUGGGUUUAAAACAAGGACGCAAAGAUGCUGCUGCAAAGAAAUACCAUCACAAAUGAAACUAUUUGUAGCUCAUUCUGGUGAAAACUGAGUUCAGACUCUGUCAGAAGUACUAACCCAGAGAUCGUGGUCCAGUUCGUGUUUUGUAUUCUUUGUACAUAAAGGAAUUAAAUGUUGUAUCUUCUUU